AUGCAGCAGCAGCCCCUGCCCGGGCCCCUGGCCCCCGUGGCAGAGCCGACCAAGCCUCCCUACAGCUACAUAGCAUUGAUCGCCAUGGCCAUCCAGAGCUCGCCGGGCCAGCGGGCCACACUCAGUGGCAUCUACCGUUACAUCAUGAGCCGCUUCUCUUUCUACCGUCACAACCGGCCUGGCUGGCAGAAUAGCAUCCGCCACAACCUGUCGCUCAACGAGUGUUUCGUCAAGGUGCCCCGUGAUGACCGCAAGCCAGGCAAGGGCAGCUACUGGACGCUGGACCCCGACUGCCACAACAUGUUCGAGCACGGCAGCUUCCUGCGCAGACGCCGACGCUUCACCAGGCGGGCAGGUGCUGAGGGCACCAAGGGCCCCGCCAAGGCCCGCCGUGGACCCCGCCGCGACCCGGGAGCUCCCGAAGCCGCAACUGCCAGGCAGUGCUCAUUCCCCCCCGAGCUGCCGGAGCCCAAGGGCCUGAGCUUUGGGGGUCUGCUGGGGGCCUUGCCAGCUAGCAUGGGCCCAGCAACCACUGAUGCCAGGCCUCGGCUGCCCUCAGAGUCCAAAGAGAUGCCCACGGCCAAGCAGGCAGGCCCAGGGGAGCUCCCGGCGGCCACCUCACCCUCCUCGUGCCUUGCAUUUGGCUUCCCCGCUGGCUUCUCUGAGCCUGAGGGUUUCGUUAAGGCCCCUACACCCAUCUUGACCACCGAGGCCGGCGUCGGGGGCGGCUACCAGUGCCGGCUGCAGGCGUUGAAUUUCUGCAUGGGGGCUGAUCCAGGCCUUGACCACCUCUUGGCCUCAACAGCCCCCUCCCCCGCGCCCCCCACCCCUCCAGGCUCACUCCGGGCCCCGCUGCCCCUGCCAGCUGACCCAAAGGAACCCUGGGUUACAGGCAGCUUCCCUGUCCAGGGAGGUCCCAGCUACCCAUUGGGCCUGACCCCCUGCCUAUACCGGACGCCAGGAAUGUUCUUCUUCGAGUGA